CUGUAUCCACGUGCAAAAGUGAGGUUUUGUUAUAACAAUUUUGUAUAUGCAAAAAAUCCUUAAACGCUAAUAAUGGGCAAAAAUCACCGCCAUAAAAAGGAUCUAAAAGCCGAAAAAGCGAAAGUGAAGCUUAAACAGACCAAAACCAAGUUUCUUCCCAAGGGACAAAAUGUAACGAAUGUCGCAUUCAAAAUUAAACCUAUUAUUCUUCUGGAACAACUAAAAGUUAAAGAUUCUGAUGACAUUCUAAGUAAAAGAAAACUAAACAUAAAAGACCUGCUCAGUAGACUGAAACAUUAUAACGAUAAUAUAAAGCAUUCCGCUUGUGAAGAAUUGAAUGACAUGGUACAGAUUUAUCAUGAAGAAAUUGUUCAGCAUCAGUUCUCAGAAAUAUGUCUGACAUUGGGAAGUCUUAUGCAAGAUAGGGAGCAUAAAGUGAGAAAAUCUGCGGCCAAAGUAAUUGAUACUGUUCUACAAUAUAUCCCUAGCGAGAAAGUGAAACCUUUCCUCCACUUUUUCUCUACAAAUCUACGCUGAAAUCUACGCUGUGCGAUGACAAAUAUAAACCGAAACAUUCAAGAAGAUUCGCUGCUGUUCCUGGACUGCUUUAUCAGGGUCGAUUGCGGUUUGAUACGUGACAAUUCCGAGAGACUUCUUCCCGAAUUUUUUACUCUAAUCUCCAAAUUACGCGGCGAUUCUCAAUUAGAAAGGACGUUGACUUUGAAUUUAGGCAGCAAUAUGACCAGUGUGGCAUGGAGGAUUAAAGUUUUAAGCCGACUGCAUGCGGUUUUGAGCGUUCUUUUAGCAGAAGAAGGUAGUAAAACGACCGAAACGGAAUCUCUCGAAGGGUUCGACGCCUCCAAACAAACUAGAUUUCCCAUAUAUAAAAGUCAUUUCGAUCAAGUUUUGAGUGACUCAAAAAUAGAUUUCACUUCAAAUUCCAAAACUUCUUUCCAUCACGGCGCGACAAUAUUAAACCGUCAUGUCGGAACUUUGAUACCACUUUUGUAUGAGACGUGGUUGGAAGCGGUCCCAGAUAAAUUUGGCUACAAUCCGGCGGGAGAAGGGACCGUUCUGAACAAUGAAAGCGCCGCCCUAUUAUCAUGCAUAGUUAACACUUUACAUUUGUUGUGGCGGUAUAUUCAUCAUGAAGACACGGAAACAGCGUUUAUGUCGAUGGACUGCAAGAAAUUUUUAAACCAUCUUUUGGCGGGGUUUCCGUACACCCACCCGGGGGCCAGAACGAAGCAAAAGUCGAAAAAUGCGACACUAAAAAUUUUAGACUACAACACCGAUCCAAAAUGCGUCCGCGAAAAUUUAUUGAUAUGCUUUUUGUACUCGGCGCUUUUUAUUAAUUAUUCCCAAAAAGAUAUAAGAAAGGACCUUUUAUCGAUCGUGACAUAUGUUACUAAAGUACUCUUCCAAAAAAAAACCAUCGGAGAGGAUAGCGCGGACUGCAUCAUGCAAAUUUUGGAGGAAUGCCUAUACAAAAAUCAUGCAAAAUGGCGUCGCAGCGGAGUCGAUUUGCGCAUGAUUGUCGAUAACGCGGUCAUGUUUUUCAACCACGGCAAAAUCAGUGACGCUAAACGGCUUAAAGUGUUCGAAGUUCUUUCACAAGUCGUUGACAAUCCUCAACUGAACAAGACUGACAAGUAUCAAUAUUGGCUAAGUAGUUUGCCAGAAAUUUUGUGCAAGGCAGAAGUGAACGAUAACAUUAUUUCAGCCCUACUGGAUUUGUCAAAAAAGAAUUCUCCAGUCUUUUACAAUUCUUUCUUAAAGAAGCUCUCCCAAAUUUUAGAUAAUUUGGACAAAAUAAAGAUAAUACUGACCGAUGAAUCGUUAACGAAUAACGAAGAGUCGUGCAAAAGAAAAAUAGCUUAUAUUUUUUAUUACGUUCCAGCGUAUUCCAAAUCAGAUUUGGAUUUAAUUUCGAAGCAUUUGCAGAACAAUCCAGCGUCUGGUUUUAGAAAGUAUAUGGAGCAAAUUUUCCUAUUAAGGCUCGAUCUCGGCAGGGAAAAAGAGUGGCCCAGCCAAUUUUUGGAACUAUAAAUGUUUAUCGAAUGUUUUCUGCUAGUGACGAUUUCGUUUUCAAUAAAAACGUGUGCC